GUAGGGUUUUGACGUGUCGGAGCAUCCGGGGUCCAGGUCCCGAUGCUGAGGCCCAGGGAGGUGCGCCCCAUCGGGGCGGAGGCUCUGGUGGCGCUGCUGGAGGGGGGGCUGGAUCGGGUGGUGUUGAUUGACAGCCGACCCUUCGUGGACUACAACGUUUCUCACAUCCUGGAGGCCGUGAACGUGAACUGCUCCAAGCUGAUGAAGAGGAGGCUGCAGCAGGACAAAGUCCAGAUCGCUGAGCUGCUGCAGCACUCGGCCAAGAAGAAGUUGGAGCUGCAGGGCGAUCAGCAGGUGGUCGUGUACGACCAGAGUUCUUCGGACCCGACGUCCCUCGGCUCCGAGUCGUUCCUCAGCGUCCUGCUGGUCAAACUGGAGAGAAGUUUCCCGUCCGUCCACCUGCUCUCAGGUCAGUUCACAACAGACUGUUGGGGCGUAACCAUAGAAACAGUGAUGAGUUUAAAACAGAAAGUUAGUGGGGCGGAGCUUGAGGGGUCAUUCUGA